GAACCGAUGAGUUAUAUCUCUUUAACUCAGAGAGCGGCAAUGACUCAAUAGUGCUACCCAGGCCUACCACCUGUCUCUUCCUUCUCCUCUUGACUCACAAGACUGCUUUUAGAGAACGACCAGACCACGCUGGUGCUCUUCCUGGUGUCGAAAUCGGCCAUCUCCGCCUCCUUCUUCAUCAUCUACCCCUUUGCGGGCGAAUUGUACCCCACAGCGAUUCGGGGCUUGGGGAUAGGAGCCUCCGCCUAUAUAGCCGGUCUCGGCCUGAUCAUCAUCCCCUUUGUCACCUACUUGGGCUCCGAUGUCCUGGUUCUCCCCAUCAUCAUAAUGGGCAUCAUCUCCGUGCUGGGGGGACUGUGCGGCCUGCGACUCCCCGAAACCCUCCACCACCGCCUGCCGCAGACCAUGGAGGAGGGCGAGGAGUUUGGCAAGGACUUCGAGUGGAGCGACUGUCUUCGCUGCAGGCCUCCUAAGCCGAGCGUCGCCCUGAGCGGCUCCUACGAGGACUUGGAGAUGAGCGACGUGAAGCCGGGGGAUGAGGAGCAGCUCGAGGAGAGUCCGGAGCCGCGGCGCAUCUCCAUGAGGAGGCUGGCGCGUCAACAGAGCGUGAUGGAUACGCAGAAAACGGCCGAUGGGACCAUGAACAUGACCUACUGGUUUUGAGGCUCUUAGAUUCGAAUAAACAAGGGUUUUCCACUUGA